AUGGGUCUGUCGAGCGCUGUGGAUUGGUGGGAGGAGUGGCAGCUGCGCAUCCUCGUCCUCGGCAGCCUCUUUGUCCAAUACCUCCUGCUCUGCUCUGCCCCCUUCCGUAAGUUUGCUAUUCCUUCCUGGUACAGAUCCAUCAUAUGGCUCGCAUACCUAGGCAGUGAUUCUGUAGCCAUAUACGCCCUGGCUACCCUCUUUAACCGCCAGAGGAGACAGGAUUAUGGUUCUGCAAACAGCAAUAGCAUCCUGGAGGUGGUGUGGGCGCCAGUUCUCCUGAUGCACCUCGGCGGACAGGACGUAAUAAGUGCCUACAAUAUCGAAGACAACGAGCUGUGGACACGGCAUGUCCUCACUGCAGUGUCUCAAGUCACAGUAGCUAUCUACGUGUUCUGCAAAUCAUGGCCAGGCACAGGCGGAGACACAAGGUUGUUGCUGGCAUCAAUCUGCUUCUUUGUCUCAGGGAUUGUCAAAUGCAUAGAGAAACCUUGGGCUCUCAAGAGAGCUAGCAUCAAUAGCCUAGUCAGCUCUUCUGAUACUGCCGCGAGGAUGGGAAGCAUGUUUGGCAAGACCAUUUCGCUUGAAGAGUACGUGCAAGAAGCAAGGAAUUUUGUCCAGUCCCAAGUAGAAGGGCAUGCAGUUGACCUUGAGCACAACCAUGUUCCUCAAGCCCAAGCAGAAACUGAUGCAGUGGAAUCCAACCAUCAUCGUCAAGCACAUGGAAAAGGUAAUGCUGCUGACCUUGAUCCCAACCAUAUUCUUCGAGCCCAAGGAGAGGCCAAUGGAAAAAGGCGCCUAAUCCAAAAAAGGGAAAAUAAUAGAAAAUAUGAUGUUCAGAUCCGUAAGAUAUUUGUGGACCUUGCAUCAUCGUAUACUGAUCGACUGGAUAUCCUAAAAUCCUUUUGGGUGCUUGAUGAGAAAAGAGCAUGCGCUUUUUUGCGAAAAGGGCUAUUAAACACAUUUGAUCUUCUCUACACCAAACAAAAGGUGAAUACAUCCAUGGAAAUUAUCAGAAAAAUUCAAGAAGCUAGAAAAGCAGAUAUUACAUUUCAGAACUUUUUUACUUGGUGCUUUUUGGCACUAGCUCUGUACCUGCCAUUUGCUGCCAUCGGCCUCUUCCACAAGAGUCACAGAGGCACUUAUAAUGUUAAUGAUGUCAAGGUUACAUAUGCCUUGUUCUGUUGUACUGCUGCGAUGCAGUUUUUUGCCAUGUACUUUCACAUGCUUGCAGCAGCUCUGAGCGGUUUACUGAUAUCAUCUGGCAUGGUUGCUCAGUAUAGCCUACUAAAUUUCUUUAUUCGCAACGAAAGGCACAGCAAGAAGAUGUGCGUUCUUAGUUCCUUCAACUGCAAGGACUUCCUUGACCAGCGUUGGUGCAUGAAGUCAUGCUCCUCAUCUUUCGGAAUUACAGAAUUGGUUCUUGGAUAUGUGAAAUGUUGCUGGGAGAAAGACAUAGUAGAUGCUGCCAGUUAUAGGAAAUUCAGUGAUCAGAGGGGCCAGUGGACUAUUCAGCGUAGUGGGUGCGACAAAGACCAGGAAUGGGGGCUAAACAGGUUGUUCGACGAGAGUGUCCUUCUCUGGCACAUCGCAACGGACUUGUGCUUCUACCAAAAGGGAGACACAUCAGCUAGUCGUGGAGAUGCCACAAAAUGCAGAGAAAUUUCCAACUACAUGGUAUACCUACUGUUUGUCCAUCCUGAGAUGCUAUUGCCCGGCACAAGACGAAAUCUGUUCAAGGCUGCUAACGCUGAACUGGAGGAGAUUUUCAAGGACGACAAGCCAUUACUCAAGGCCAUCCUCAAGGGUGGCAAGCCAUCGCUAAUGGAGAUUCCCAAGCGAAAGGGGCCAUUGCCUGAGCAGAUUGAAAGAAGACUUGUGGACAGUAUAAUCGCCAAGGUGCAACCAACAAAAUACAGCAAACAAGUUGAACACACAUACUUGGCACCAGCUGCACAGGAAGGUUUUAUCCAUGAGGCCCGGAAGAUUUCUGAACUAUUGUUGUCUUUGGGCGAUGAGAAGAUGUGGAAGGUGAUCAAAGGUGUGUGGGUGGAGAUGCUCUGCUUCUCAGCCAGUAGGUGCCGAGGAUUCCUACAUGCCAAGAGUUUGGGCACCGGCGGGGAGCUGCUCACAUAUGUAUGGCUCCUGCUGUCGCACAUGGGGAUGGAGACCUUGCCGGAGAGGGCACAGAGGAGGGAGCUUUCAAGUGAAGGAGGAAACAUGGGUGCUGCUCCGUUCACUUCGCGGGUCAGCAUCCCCACUGGGGAGGACAUGGUUUGA